AUGGGUGCCCGCCUACAGACGAGAGAUCGAGAGGCGGAGGGCGGGAAACAGCGACGUGCAGUGAAAAGGCGUUGCGAGGAAUCUUCCAGUAGUGAUACGGUGGGCAUGGUGCGACACCUCGUUCCUCUCAUUCUUCUUCUUGCUAUAUUAUCUCAUUCAAGUUAUGCCACAGACAUUUCGGUUAGGAUCGAAAGACAUUUCCCAUGCUCGGUUAGCUCAGGUCCUAAAAAGGAAAAUCUUCUCAUAAAAUUCCCUUCAUAUAAAACAGCAGGCGUGGAAUUUCAUGAAGAGACAAAUGCUCAGGGACACAAAUGUUUCCGAAUGAGUGGAGGAAAAGUUGAGGUUUUCCCACCUGGCCUGUCUGGAUCGAAAAAAUAUUACGUUCAUCUCGAGACGCGCAUUGGUAUUCACGGAAAACCCGAGAGAUGCGUGAACGCAGAUAGCAACGGAUGUGGAGGAAUAGGAUCAUGUGUUCAUUGUGACAUUUGUCAAUCUAUGGGAGGCUCACUCAAAAACUUCGUUCAAAUCUUUCAAGGAAACAAACCGGCACAAUGUUCUAGUCAGGGUCUACCAGCCGGCAACUACAAUGACCUAUCUUUGAAAGUCUGCCUUCCUACCAAAAACGAACUUCUUCCGUUUCUGGAUCAGAAUGCCAGUCGCGCCGAGCAGCUCUGGGAUCUCUUCGUCAGCUCGCGCGCAAGAUCCGGAGAGAUUCCCCUUGUUAUUGCUGCACGCAUUUUUAAUCGUCCAAUCAAUCAGCUGAGCCCGAAGGAAAUGAAUGAUUUGUUACACGACUCCAAGGAUGGAAUGAUAGGAUGUCACUGGAUUUAUGCUACAGUUUCUCAGCAGAGUUAA